CAGCAGCCAGUCCCCUCCACCACCUGCCGGGCACCACACCUCCACUUUACUCGAGCCCGUGUCCAUCAGGCGGCUGGCUACACUACCGUACAGUACCUCUGGCGCCCAGUACCGCCGCGCCACGCUUUGGCUUCCUCCUCCCUGCCCGCCUCCGCCUCCAUUAUCCCCUCUCUCAUCGACAACGUUUCGGCCUCGAGCUAUCAACCAGGCGCGUCCAUCGAUUUCUCAUCGGUCCGCCGCGAGGUCCUAGGUCUGCUCAGCGGCGAGAAGAAGAAGAAGAAGGCGACGACAACGACGGCAACGACUACGACCACAACAACAACAACAGCAGUAGCAUCGUCAACAGCUCACCGCCGAAGCAGACGACGACAAAGCUCCCCCGCACAACUGCACUCGCUGGGUCACCAGUGCUGCGGACAGCCGAUUGAGCCUGCGAGCUCUGCCUGCCUAGUCACUCCUUAAACUCAAAAAGGGCCGCGAGGGUCAAGUGCAGCACUGCGUCGAGGCCCGAUCGCCCGCGGCCACUGCCUGUCAACCCACCCCUGCUGCCCCUCCUGCAGCUCGCGUCCCCCCGGCACGGCUCCAUCCUAUAACCUGCCGCCUCUCCUAUCCGCUCUCCCCCACAGCCGCUGCGUCGCGGCCGCCCCGACUCGAACGCUCCGUUUCCAUCAGCACGCGCCUGCGACACCCAAGCCCAGCGAGGGGUAACCGACGAGGCCAAGCUGCUCUCCCUUCAAUCCACGCCGCUGCCGCCUCUGCUCGCCUUGCCUGCCCUCGGGCUCCCGCUUGACGUCGUCGGACCGCUUACCCCACCGCGCUCGCUGCAUCCGCAUCGUUCGCGGCCCGACAACACAAGCGACUGCGCAUAGAUGUUACAGUCAGCCAAAAUGAAGCGGUUCGGCCAAAGAGUCCUCUCGCGAGGCAAGGACGCCAGCAAGUCCUCCAAGAAGAAUAAGGACUCCAAGGACGGGACCUCGUCGCCUUCGUCUCGAGACUCGGCCAAUCAGUCACCCGUCCUCACGCCUACCUCGUCCACCUCGACGCUCAAUGACAUCCGCAAUAAACCGCUCCCCCCAAACAGCGCUCCCGUUGGAGAUCACGCGGCUCCCAACCAGCCCUCAAACCUGUCAAAUGUUGCCCAGCAGGGCAGCGUUCCCGACCGCUUCGGCUCCAUGGGCGGGGCCUCGAGUCCCAAUGGCGGCAGCGCCAAUGCGAGACUACCUCCCACCGUGGUCAUCAGCCCAACCCCUGGCCAUAUACCCCCUCCGGGUGCCGCCGAAACCAUGCCCCACGAUCUCGCUCCGCCCAAGGCCGGUCAGAAGUCAUUGCUAAUUCAUCGAGGCAUCGACAAUCGCGACGCCAUUCCCGAGGGGUUGCGGACACCGAAGCGACAGCACUCUUCGCGAUUUGACAUCUCGGCACACAGAGAGCUGGAGAAGCUCCCCGGCUUCCACGAGGUGCCUCCCAACAGGCGACAGGAACUGUUCAUGCAGAAGAUCGACCAGUGCAAUGUCAUUUUCGACUUCAACGAUGCCAGUGGUGAUAUGAAAGCCAAGGAAAUCAAGCGACUUGCACUUCACGAGCUUCUCGAUUAUGUGGCCAACAACAGGCAGGUCAUCACAGAGCCCAUGUACCCGCGUGUCGUCGACAUGUUCGCCAAGAAUCUUUUCCGACCGAUUCCGCCACCUGUCAAUCCCCAGGGAGAAGCAUUUGAUCCGGAAGAAGACGAGCCGGUUCUCGAGGUGGCCUGGCCGCAUAUCCAGGUCGUCUACGAGUUCUUCCUGCGCUUCAUCGAGAGCCAGGACUUCAACACCAAUAUUGCCAAGGCGUAUAUCGAUCACAGCUUUGUCUUGCAGCUGUUGGAUCUCUUCGACUCCGAAGACCCCCGAGAGCGAGACUUCCUGAAGACGACCCUUCAUCGCAUUUACGGCAAGUUUCUUAACCUUCGGUCAUUUAUCCGCCGCUCCAUCAACAACGUCUUCUUCCAAUUCACCUACGAAACCGAACGAUUCAACGGCAUCGCCGAGUUGCUGGAAAUUCUCGGGUCUAUCAUCAACGGCUUUGCCCUGCCGCUGAAGGAGGAGCACAAGAUUUUCCUGACCCGCGUGCUUCUUCCUCUGCAUAAGCCCAAGAGCCUUAGCAUGUACCACCCGCAGCUGGCCUACUGCAUCGUCCAGUUCUUGGAGAAGGAUGCAUCUUUGACGGAGGACGUCGUCCUUGGUCUGCUGCGCUACUGGCCCAAAGUCAAUAGCACCAAGGAGGUCAUGUUCUUGAACGAAGUCGAAGACAUUUUCGAAGUCAUGGACCCCGCCGAAUUCGCCAAGGUCCAGGAGCCUCUUUUCCAUCAACUGGCCAAGUCAGUCGCCAGUCCACACUUCCAGGUCGCCGAGCGCGCAUUGUACUUCUGGAACAACGAAUACUUCUGCAACCUCGUGAGCGACAACGUCGAAAUCAUCCUCCCCAUUAUGUUUGCGCCGCUUUACGAGAAUUCCAAGGGGCACUGGAACAGAACCAUUCACGGCAUGGUGUACAAUGCCAUGAAGCUCUUCAUGGAAAUCAACCCACAGCUUUUCGACGACUGUUCGCACGAUUACACGGAGCAACAAAACAGUGCAGCCGAACGGGAGGCGUUGCGCGAGCGCAAGUGGGCAGCCCUCAGCGAAAAGGCCGAUCAGCGACGGGCGUCACUGGGCGCCAGUGUUGGCGGCGAUGUGCCGCCCCGUGCUCAAGGAAGCUCUUUGCCGCGCGUCGAUGAAGUCGAUCCAGCCAGCGAGGACAAUCAAAAGAGGCUCGAUUCUCUGAAGCUUCAAGACGCUGGCCGGCGCCCAGCCAGUCACGACCGCCAAAGCUCUGUCGGCUCCACCCGAAGCAGAUGACGGACUCCGUCCAGACAGUGCCUCGAUCGCAACGCUAGACGAGGCUCAGCAGCCCUCCCUUCAUUCUGCGGCCAGGUCAUGACUUCCCUGGUUUGCAGAGGGCCUGCACGAUUUUGACAUCACGACCAGCUUCCACGAACUCCAUAGGGGCUCGCUGGAGCCUGGAGACCAAAUAUUUAUAUUCUCUUUUCUCGCGCAUUACUCUUGUUUGGUGUGACGCUACUUUCCGCGGGUCGAAAGCAGCAUUCGACAGGAACGAUGGGUGGCCGAGCAAAUGCCUGGGACGCAUGCACCAGAGCCGCCUUGUCUGUCAUUCGGUGCCUGUCGACAUGUCUUGUCUUAUCACAAGGCUUUAUCGAAAAGCGAGCAUCAGUCCGUUCGACAGCUGAUGAUCGGGUCGACUUUCAUUCUGGCGCUUUGCCAUCGAGGAUCCGCGAACACGUGGAGAGAACCGGAUGUGCACCUUGAAUACGAAGGAGGAAAGGCGUGAUGGGUGGCACUGGCUUACAGUGUUUGGCAGUUCAUGUCCCUUUUUAUUUAGUGUUGCCACUGCUGCUGUUCCACUCGAGCCACUCGGGCAUGCCCGUGUCGUGUCGGGUCGGCGGAGCAAAGUAUGGGAUGCAGGGAGACACUUGGCGCAUGGCGGCCCGGGCCGAUGGGCAAUCAAGGGCGUUGCGCGCACGCGUUGAUCAAGGCGGAGACAGGAAAAAAGGGUCGGCGAGGCCGGGUGUUUGGCGGCCUCGUCGUGUGACCGUAUACCACCGUGGUGGCCCUGGCGGUGGGAGGGAGUAGUGGUCGCCGGGGAGAGCUGCUGGUAGACGGCGAAGAAAGGGCAGCAGGAUGAACGUUGAAUCCGAUAGACUUUUUUCCCAAUAUCUUUGUCAAUGUGAUGGUGCUGCAGCGUGACGACACGGCUGAGGACUCGUAUGGUGCGUAAGAGGUGUGUGAAACUCGCUUGUGGGCGUGCACGACUGUCCAUGCCUGUCUGAAAGACGCGCGAC